GCCAACAUACAGUAAUAAUAUAAGUAUCGUGAGAAAACGAAUACUUACAUUUGAUGUAAUAUUUUUUUUCAGGAUUUAAUUGACAAAGUUUUUCCAAGUUGACAUGCUUCAUAAAAUAAUUGUGAUUUUUUCUGUGAUUAAUGGUUGUAUUCAUCUUAGCAGUUCUUCAAAAUGGCAUUAUCAAUGCACAGAAGGCUUCUGUCGAAAAACCCUUACCACAGAAAAUACAACGUCUCUUUUAAGUUUUGCUGAAUGCAAUUUACUUUGUUUGAACCAUGCAGGAGUUUGGCCAAUGCCUACUGGAAGCAUAUCAGUUGCCAACUUAACCGAAAUAAAUAUUCAAAAAUUUUCUUUCACUACCAAUCAAGAUACAAAUAUAAGCAACUCAGUGGAAAAGGCAUUUCACAUUUUCACGAGCGAAAUUAAAAGUUUAGUUGGCUGUUCUGCAGUUUUACAGGCAAAAAAUUCAAAUUUAGCAUCAGUACAAAUCAAUUUUCAAAUUACUGAUCAAAGUACUAAAGACAUAGGUUUGGGAACUGUUGAAACCUAUACUAUAGAAACGUCUUCUGGAAAUAUCAUCAAUGUUACUAUCAGAGCUAAAACUUUUUUUGGUGCCAGGCACGGAUUGGAAACUUUGAGCCAAUUAGUGAUUUAUGACGAUUUAAGAGGCAGAGUUUUGUUUCCUGCAAAUAUUUCUGUUGCGGAUGGGCCAGUUUAUGGUUGGAGAGGAAUUAUGUUGGAUACUGCAAGAAACUACGUCACACCAAAAGCAAUAAAACGGACUCUAAAAGCCAUGGCCGCCUCAAAGCUGAAUACUUUCCAUUGGCAUCUUACGGACACUUCCAGUUUUCCUUACGUAUCCAAAUCUCAUCCAGAAUUGGCAGAAUAUGGAGCUUACUCGCCAAAUAAAGUUUACACUGAUGCUACUGUUAGAGACAUAAUAGAAUAUGCUAGAGUCAGAGGUAUAAGAGUAGUGCCAGAACUUGAUGCGCCGGCUCACGUUGGAGAGGGAUGGCAAUCGACUGGGGUAACUACUUGCUUCGAUUGGACUCCGUGGGACAAAUAUUGUGUGGAGCCACCUUGCGGACAAUUCGAUCCGUCCAGAGAACAGCUAUAUGAUAUUCUUGAGGAUCUUUAUGGUGAUAUGCUCGAUCAAUUUGGCACGAACGUGUUUCAUAUGGGAGGAGAUGAAAUCAACUUAGCUUGCUGGAAAGCAACUGCAAAUCUUACCAAUUGGAUGGUUUCUGAGAAAGGAUGGGAUUUAGAAGCAGCCAGUUUUCUCACUAAAGUUUGGCCCUAUUUCCAGUCGAAUGCUGCCAAAAGACUACAUAAAAAGGCAGGCAAAAAUGUUCCAAUUAUUUUAUGGAGUAGUGAUUUGACCAAUCAGGAAAAUGUGACUGAUAUUUUGCCUCCAAGUGACUACAUUAUUCAAGUAUGGAGUUCUGGCAGCGAUUCUAGUAUCAGGACUUUGUUAAAUAAGAAUUAUUCCAUUAUUUUAAGUAACAGUGACGCUCUGUAUUUGGAUUGUGGAUUUGCUGGGUGGGUUACUAGCGGAAACAAUUGGUGUUCACCCUAUAAAGGCUGGCAAACGAUUUACGAUAACAAGCCAAUCAAUAUUGCGGUAAAUAAAUCGAAUCAAGUUCUUGGUGGAGAAACAGCUUUAUGGACCGAAGAAGCUGGCACUAGCUCUUUAGACUCGCGCUUGUGGCCCAGAUCGGCAGCAUUCGCUGAAACUUUAUGGACAGAGCCAGCUACCGAUUGGUCUGAAGCUGAGGAAAGAAUGUUGCUUCAUAGAGACCGUUUGGUUAGGCUCGGUAUUGAGGCGGACGAGAUACAACCCGAAUGGUGUUUCAGGAAUCAGCAAACUUGUCCGAUUUUGGGUAAAUUCAAUAAUUAAAAAAACUUGUAGUUUCGUUAUUAUAAGCAUGCAAUUGUUAUUUAAACAGUGAACUAAUUAUGAAUUGUUAGAAAAUUAAAAUAAAUACUAAUAAACC